AAAGGCAAAAGGCCAGUAUAUGUAUGAUGAGAAUGGAAGACGGUACCUUGACUGCAUAAACAAUGUUGCUCAUGGUAAGUUAAAAGUCAUGUUAUUCGAUACCAUGUUUUUCUAAGCAGAACAAGGAACAAUCAGUAUUUUUUACCACUGUUGCAUUGUGUUGGGGGAGGGGUCGUUUAAUUGGAAAGGUGGAAAAAACCUCUCAAACCUAUGGUUUGGGAAAUUACGGUUCAUAUUUGAAUUUCUGUGUGCGUCAGUAUGCUUUCCAGACUUGCUUCCUGAUCUGUCUUCCUAGAAACAUACUAAUCUAAAAUUUACAGAUUUUUUUUUUCCCAUGAAAGCUCAAGUAAAGCACCUAACUGUAAGACUAUCAAAUGGCUUGAGUUUGUUGUAUUGUAGAAGUUACUGAUAAGGGUUCUGUCCCAGGACCACUGCUCAGUGUGGUGCCUUAUUUGUAUAUUAUGAAGUAGCUGUUUCUUUCUUACAGUGUUUGAAAGCACUCUGAACAGUCAGUGCUGUCACUAGCACGUAGCAGGGCUAAUAAUUCUUUGAUGGUAAAGCUUAACCUGCACAUACCCAAACCCCUACCUAAAUUAUUCAAAUGUCUAAAACCAAAUACUAAAUUAGACACUAUUUGUUUUAGCAUAUCAAUUUCCAGCAUUCAGCUACAAACUAUAAAAUACAGUACCAGGCAAUUUCAAACUUUCUGAGCAAAAAAAGAAAGUUUUAAGUGAAAGCUUUCAAGGUGUACCAACAUUGUCUUCUGCUGACAAUAUCAUUAGUGCCCCACUGAUGAAAUAAGAUCAUCAGUGAAGAUAGCUCUGUACUAAUAGAGAAAUCUAAGUGUUAAGUCAGUAUGCGUUUGUUGAUGAACACCACGUGUAAUAUGGAAGAACUCUCUAACUAUUGUCCACGCUCUCUUGCAGUUGGACAUUGUCACCCUGAUAUAGUAAAAGCAGCCCAUGAACAAAAUCAAUUGUUAAAUACAAAUUCUCGUUAUCUUCAUGACAACUUGGUCAAUUAUGCAGAGAGACUUUCAAAAACGCUGCCUGAGAAGUUAUGCAUCUUUUAUUUUUUGAAUUCAGGAUCUGAAGCUAACGAUCUUGCCCUAAGAUUGGCACGACAGUAUACAAAACAUGAAGAUGUUAUAGUUUUAGACCAUGCCUACCAUGGACAUCUGACAUCCUUGAUUGACAUAAGCCCAUAUAAAUUCAGGAAUCUAGAAGGACAAAAGGAAUGGGUCCACGUGGCUCCUGUUCCAGACACAUACAGAGGACUUUAUAGAGAAGACCAUGAAGAUUCAGUAACCGCCUAUGCUAAUGAAGUAAAAAAUAUUAUUGAGCAAGCACAUAAGAGAGGCAGAAAGGUGGCUGCAUUUUUUGUUGAAUCUCUGCCAAGCGUGGGUGGUCAGAUCAUUCCACCAGCAGGCUAUUUUCAGAAGGUUGCAGAGCACGUGCACAAGGCAGGAGGUGUAUUUAUUGCUGAUGAAAUUCAAGUUGGUUUUGGCAGAGUUGGCAAGCACUUUUGGGCAUUCCAGCUUCAAGGAGAAGAUUUUAUACCUGAUAUUGUCACUAUGGGGAAACCAAUAGGAAAUGGGCACCCUAUUGCCUGUGUAGCAACAACAAAAGAAAUUGCAGAAGCAUUUGCAGCCACAGGAGUAGAGUAUUUUAAUACAUUUGGAGGAAACCCUGUUUCAUGUGCGAUUGGAUUAGCUGUGUUAGAUGUAAUUGAGAAGGAACACCUUCAGGCUCAUGCCACAGAAGUAGGAAACUUCUUGAUGAAGCUACUCAAGGAGCAGAAAAUCAAGCAUCCCAUCAUUGGUGAUGUCAGGGGUUCUGGCUUAUUCAUUGGAGUGGACUUAAUCAAGGAUCAAGCAGCAAGGACCCCGGCCACAGCAGAAGCAGAGUAUCUCAUAACAAGACUUAAGGAAGAAUAUAUUCUACUGAGCACAGAUGGGCCAGGAAGAAACGUGCUUAAAUUCAAGCCUCCAAUGUGCUUCAGUAUGGAGGAUGCAAAAUUUGUUGUGGACACAAUUGACAAACUACUAACAGAUAUGGAAAAAGAAUGUCUGAACCAGUAGAAAACAUCCACUUGUUCUACCUGACCAGGUUUCAGACAAUGUUCAAGCUCUGCUACUAAGAAACAUUAUUCUACGAUAAUAAUGCACAUUUAAUCUUCAUCCUAGCAUGUCUUAAGACCACAUAAUUGAAAGUAACAAAAUGAAAGGUAACUUAUCUUGUUAUUAGUAAAAACUUUAGAAGAAAUAAAUUUUACAAGAGCUUGUUUCAACUCUGGCAGAAGUGUGGAAUUGGCUUUUAUUU